GGAAAUUAAUUUUCAAAUUCGUUUCGAAAUAGAACAAAAAAUGAAUUUUGGAAAAAAAUAUAAUGAUUGAGAAAAAAAUGAGAAAAAAUAUUAAUUGCUGCAGUUCGGUGCUUUAUAAUCUCGGAAUAUUAUUGCAGAGUCAUUAAAGCAUUAUUGAUUUUCUUAUCUAAAUCAUGCGAAGUUGAAGGUAUAUGAGGUAUAAUGGUAUUGGGAAGGGGUAGCACCUGUACGUCGACCUGCUGGAACAACCCUCCGAAUGCGACAGUUGUUCAUCGCGUCGAACUAACGAAUGGUCGUGCCAGGAAAAAACUUAUUUGCUUCCUGUGAAAAUUUUGUUUACAGGAAAAUUCCCUGAAUUUUCCACUAUUUGAAAUGCAAAAAAUACACUCUCUCAAUGUCGCAGAUUUUUCUAAAAGAAACGUUGUCAAUGUGGCGUUUCAAAUUCGAAUUGUUUCGAAUUUUUAAUCUGUGAAUUUUUCGUUCGUUUUGUUUUUUGCUAAAAAAAAAAAAAAAAGAAAUGACGUUUCUUUAUUACGACAAACGGGAUUUUUAUAAAGGAAUGUUGGAUAUUCAAGAAAAAUUGAGAAAGAGUGAAGAGGAAAGAAUACGAUUGGAGGAACGAUUCAAAUUAUUGAUACAAGAGUCAAAGAACAGGCAUGACGCUUGUAUUAAUAGACUUCGUCUAAGGUACAUUGAAUUUCUCGAGGAGCAACGCGAUCGUGAAGAGAGGAAUAAUAAAUUACGAGGAGCACUUGAUAAAGUGGAUAACCAUUUGGCGUUAAUCACUGCAAAAAGCAAUCGUUUAAACGCACUUCGAAAAAAUUACGAGAUAUAUCUUUUGCAAAAUCGGAUCAAUCAACGUUCAACGGGAAGUUACACCGCUGACAGUGGAAUAACGAGUCAAGAUGAAAGAUAUUUUCGAAAAGAUUUAAUACCCUACAAUCGGAGAUAUUCAGUUCAAAGUAUUUCAAUACCGCCGAGUACGCCAACAAUGACAAAUUUUCAAAGUCGAAUUUUAACACCAACUUUACCAAAAUACGAACCUAGAUUCAUUGAUACUCCAAAGAAGGAAACAUUAAAUUUACCCUCACAAUCAUUCUACACUUCUUCUUCUUCGAAAAUAAAUCAAACACCGGAAAUAUUUUAUCAACAAUCGCAAAUUAUUCCCAAAAUUCACAUAACUCCAUCCGUUUCAAAAAAUAUUCAAACCGAUAAUAAACCAAUUAAUUUAUUUUUCGAUCCAUCCGUCAUUUCAAUGGAACCUGGCCAAAUAUCAGGAAUUGGUCGAAUUUCUUCUUAUCAACCUUUAUCCCAAUAUUCCAGUCCACGUGCCGACAGUAAUAUCAGUCAAUAUCUCUAUAGCCUCCCCUUGCCAAAGAUUAACGAUUUUUUGGAAAAUAAACGACAAUCGAGUAAUUUUCCAUCAAAAAUUGAUAGCACUUAUCCCGACUAUUCGUGGAGGUCAAUCGGCGAGUCUAGAUUCGAGACCAAGAGUCCUCAAUUCGAACGAAAUUACAGACAGCAAAGUCAACGUUACGAAAAUAAAACACCAAAUCGUUUCUUCAAGAGAUUUGAUUUUAACACAACAUUCAAGAGAAGUGAUUACUCUCUACCAUCGUCCAGAGAGAUAUUAAAUUCCUCAAGGGGGAAAACUUCAUGGAAACCAAAAUCGAGUGGAUAUAAAAGUGACUAUGAUGUUUAUGAACGAUCAAAGAGAAUGAAUAGCGAAAUUGAUAGAUAUAUCGGGAAAAUAAGAAAUCUCUACAGGGAUUUAGAUAUUCAUCAUUAUGACGAUUUCGAUCAGGAGCAAAAUACGAGUGGCGAUAUUCUCAAUGUUACACUAUCCGACGACGAGGACGAGGAGAAAUUUAAACAAGUUCCGAAAAAAGGGGAUGAAAAGAAACAAAUUGAAACAAAACGUUCGGAUGUGAAAUUAUCUUCAGAGUCGCUUUCGAAGGAGGAGAAAACAGAAACUGAGAAUGAAGUUGAGAAACUUCGCGAAGGUUUAGAUCUAAAGAUUAAACUUCCUGACGGUUCGGAUCCGAAGAGUAAACUUCAAGACGGUUCGGAUCCAAAUAUUAAACUUCAAGACGAUUCAGAUCCAAAGAGUAAACUUACAGACAGUUCGGAUCCAAAGAAACUUCAAGAAAUUGAAAAAAAGGAAAAAAAGGAAAAAAGUGAAAUAAAUGGAAUAAAUGGAACAAGAUUGGUAAAUAUUCAGGAAGAAGUUAAUCAAGAGGGAAGUAAUGCGGAAAAAGAAAAAAGUGAGGAGACAAAUGGAGAGCAAAAAGAAGAAACUGCGAAAGAAGAUAACAGUGAAUUAAAAUCGGAGCAAGCGGAAAAUUAUCAGUACAAUCAGGAUUAUAAUUACGAUCCAAAUUACGAACAAUAUUCUGCUUACCCCGAAAUGUAUGAGCAAUCCUAUCAGAAUCAAAAUCAAACCUCUGAUCAACAGGAUCCCAGUCAACAAUACGAUCCGACUCAAUAUGAGCAAAAUCAACAAUACGAUCCGACUCAAUACUCUGCUAAUCAGUACGAUCAGGAUCCUAAUCAGCAAUACGAUCCGAAUUCCGAAUAUAAUCAGACUUCAGAACAAAAUCCGAAUUUGGAAUAUAAUCAGAAUUUGGAACAAAAUUCAAAUUCGGAAUACAUACAAGAGGGAAGUAAAUUCAAAAGCGAAGAGUUGAAAGAUUCAAAGCAGCACAGUCAGGAAAUCGAUCAAUAUAAUCAGGAUGCUAAAAAUUCGGGGGAACCUUCGAAACAAGGAGAUGGGAACCAAUACGCACCUGCUGCGGCAGAAGAUUAUGCUCUGAAUUCAAAUCAGUACGAUGCCAAUCAACAUUAUCAGGAUCCUAGUCAUUACGAUCCGAAUCAGCAGUAUCAGGAUCCUAGUCAGUACGAUCCGAAUCAACAGUAUCAGGAUCCUAAUGUUCAGUACGAUCCAAAUCAGCAAUAUCAGGAUCCCAGUCAGUACGAUCCCAAUCAGCAGUAUCAGGACCCAAAUGUGCAAUACGAUCCGAAUCAGGUUUAUGAUGCGAAUCAGCCUUAUGAUGCUAAUCAGCCUUAUGAUCCCAAUCAGGUCUACGAUCCAGCUUAUGAAACAAAUCAGAAUUAUGAGACAAAUCAGACUUAUGAUUCUAAUCAGACUUACGAUCCUAAUCAGACUUACGAUCCUAAUCAAACUUACGAUCCAAAUCAAACCUACGAUCAAAAUCAGUCCUACUAUCCUCAAUCACAGGAUGAAUCAUAUUCUCACCAAGAUGAAUCGUACAGUCAACAGGAACAACAAGCUUAUAAUUCUGAUCAGUCUCAUAAUCAGAAUUUAACAUCGGACGUGAUUCUGGAAGAAAGUUCGAAUAUCAGUGCUCAAGAGAAGAAGAAUAAUAAAGUGGAGGCGAAUAUUAAUAAUAGCAAAAAGAGUGUAAUUACUUUAGAAUCAGAUACGGAGAGUACAAUAGAGAGAAAUGCAUCGAAUACUGAGAGUGAUUUUGAUUUUAAUUAAUUCUACAGUAUAUAGAGACUAUAUUCUAUACAGAAUAUAGAGAGAGGUAAUUUAGAUAAUAGGUAUUUUAAGAAUGAAUUUUUUUCUCUCGUCCUUUUGGGUUUUUUUUUUAAAGAAAACAAAUCUAUAUUGGACAAGUAGACAAAUAUCGAUCCUCAAGUUGUUUUUGUCGAUAAUAUUAUUAAUUAUUUUGUCGAUAGAAAAAAGAAAUUCUAAACUAGAUUUUUAUUUUAGAAACUGAAGAGAUUAUCAGUUUUGUUAUUAUUUGUUAAUGAAGAAGACAAAUUUUCCGUCCAUGAGAAAGAAUAUAUUUUUUGUUAAGAUCUAGUCAAAUAGAUUGUAUAUCUUUAAAUUUAGAAAUAAAUUUAGAUUAAGAAAU